AUGGGCUCUAAGAAAUACUUUGGCCUCCAAGGCCACGCCCUAAGUAGGCUGCAGACCGCUCUCAUCGUCGCCCCGUCCUUCAUCCUUUUCGGGUACAACCAAGCCGGCAUCGGUGGUUUAAUAACGGAGGAGGAUUGGGUUAAGACGUUCCCCGAGAUCGACACGGUGAACGCGACGAAAGCCGUUAAGAGCCAGAGGACGACACUCCAGGGUUUCGUUGUUGCGGUAUUUGUUAUUGGUGCCCUCUUCGGUUCGCUGUCUUGCUCGUACUCUGGAGAUCGGUUCGGUCGUCGUAAUGUCAUCUUCUUCGCCGCUAUAUGCACGCUAAUCGGCGAGAUCCUCGAGGCCUCCGCAUUUGGGCUGCCGCAGUUCAUCGUCGGUCGUGUCAUCACCGGAUUGGGGGUUGGUCAACUGAGCUCUCUUGUCCCUGUCUGGCAGUCUGAGACGAGCGGUGCCAAGAAUCGGGGCAGACAUGUGGUGUUGGAUGGACUGUUCAUUUGUCUAGGCUAUGUCCUCGAAUCGUGGAUCGACCUAGGCUUCUUCGAACUGCACCACGGACCGGCGACUUGGCGUGUACCGAUUGCCAUCGCGGCCAUCUUCUCGAUCAUCCUGUCGUCGUCGAUUUACAUGUUCCCUGAAUCUCCCCGAUGGCUGUUGAUGGUGAACCGGGGUGAUCAGGCCCGUGACAGUCUCGCUGUGCUACGAGGGCUGCCCCAGGACUCCGAGGAGGUGCAAGCUGAGAUUGCGGGUAUCGAACACAGCCUCGAGAUAACGGCGGCUGGGGGCGCGAAACUGAGCCAUCUCCUUAAGAUGGGUGAGGACAAACUAGCAUACCGGUUUGGGCUUUGUAUCUUACUGCAGUUUUACCAGCAGAUGUCUGGAAGCAACCUAAUCAGCGUAUAUGCCCCAAUCCUCUUCCAAGAGAACCUCGGUCUAAGUAGUGAGAUGUCGCGAGUACUGUCGGCCGGUGCCCUGACGUGGAAAUUCCUCUCGUCGUUCCUAGCCUUCGUGGCCAUCGACAGAUUCGGCCGUCGCGCAGUCUUCAUCGUCAGCGGUGUCGGCAUGUCGUGCUGCAUGGUGGCGCUCGCCGUCGCGACUUCGUUCCCAACAUCGAACCGUUCUUCCCAGAUCGCAGCUGGCUGUUUCAUUUAUCUGUACAAUAUGUUCGUGCCGAUCGGGUUCCUCGGCGCCAAUUUCUUGUACUGUACUGAAGUCGCGCCGCUGCGUCUAAGAAUGGCUAUGAGUUCGAUUUCGACUGCCAAUCAUUGGGCUUGGAAUUUCCUCGUCGCAAUGGUGACGCCGAUAGCUAUCUACAGCAUCGGGUGGCAGUACUACAUCGUAUUCGCGACAAUCGCGGCGUGCGUACCGGUUUCCGUCUACUUCCUGUUCCCGGAGACGAUGGGCCGUAGCCUUGAGGAGAUCGAUCUCGUAUUCAAGCGGUCGCCGUCCGCCUGGGCCACCGUUCAAUUCGAGAAGAGUCACCGCGGCAUCAAUCUCAUUGCCGAACCCGAGGGCAAAGGCGAUAUGGAGGCUAAGCACGAGCACGUGGACUUGUGA